AUGGACGACGCAUCGAAGACACAAGUGAACUCGCAAAAAAACCAGCCGGAGUCCUCGCAACCAGAGCUACCACUAAGCCAAAUUCCUCUGAAGACGUCACGAAAACGACAGAUCGAAAGCGAUAGCAGCAACGACGAACCUCGACUGACACGAGUACGAUUAACACGGAGGAACUUAGCCACUUUUGACAAGAUGGGUAAGAAGAAGAACUCAGACCCCACGGACGGAUCGUUGACAACUACGAAGACUACGUCGACAACAUCGUCAGGAUUUGCGAUCAAGGCCCGCAAUAACGGCAUCCUCCAUCCCGAUUACUCCAAACCCCCUAUCAACCUCGACGACAUUCGCAAGCGACACGCCAGAACACGGGCGACUGCCUCGCCUCCUGAAUCCACAUAUGAGGACUAUGUGAAUCAAGUCGACAGAGCUGGCAACGAAGCGACCUUGGUCGCCGAUACUAGCAGGAAGCUGCUUAAGGAAUAUAGCGAUAAAGGCUAUAAUCAUACCUACAACCGACAGUUCACAGACUUCCGAAAAGCGUCGGAUUUACCGACGGUUUAUCCGCCCCACAGCCCAAUUUCGUCGAAGGACUUGAGACAGAAGGAAUUCGCCCACGAUCCCCGUUCUCUUGCUCUGCCACAUUUUGCUGGAGAAUGGAAGGGUCCCGAUGGGAGUAUCGACGAAGCUAGAAUGCAGAGCGCCUACGAUGGAGCUGCGCUCGUUCACGCGAGAACAAAAGCACUCGCUCACAUGGGAAAAGAAGAUCCCCCAGGUCAUGCAGAAAUCACGACAUUCACUAUAGACGGCACUAACCUCAACCUGUACGCUCAUUAUGCUGCCCCAUCAGCCGAAGAUGGAGACACGCUCCAUUAUCACCAGUACCCUGUAUCGUCGAAGAACCUCACGAGCACCUAUCAAGGUUACAAGGACGGAAGGAAAAGUCUGAGGAACGCCCAAGACAACGCCAAGACCCAAUCCGAGCAACUGAGAGACCAGCUGAAGCAACAUUGGAAACAGCACCGCAAUCAACUCCCACCAGUCGCUGAAGGAGUUGAUCAGCCAGACGUAGAGCUGCCACCGCACACAACGGACGGAUACGAAGACACGUGUCCGCACGUACUGCAAGAAGAAGCAGAAGACGACUACGAGAUCAUCCAGCCAACGACAAACAGAGAGUCUUCGCAUCGUCACCAUUCAUCGUCGCUACACUCUUCGAAAUCGCACCGUUCGUCGGCACAUCACUCAUCCUCCACAUCAACGCACCACUCAGCAAAUCACAGCAGCAGUCACAAACGAAAAGCCCCAUCCUCACAGACAUCGUCCCACGGAUCCCCUGGACACACAAGCAAACGUAGAAUCUAA